AUGGCUGCACGACCCAAGACGAGUGAACGGCUUCUCAAGUUUCUCGGGUUUCUCAAUCGAGAUGUACCGGCCAGUGACCAGAUUGAGCUCGGCGAAUUAGAAGGACUUCUCCAGGGAAUUGAUAUAUCCGACGAUGAGGCCAACAACUUGGAAUUACUUCUCAAACGUAUUCAAGAUGAAGCGGGCUCCGAGCCACCAGAAUGGAUCUCUCAGAAUGUGAAGAUAUAUUUAGAUCUUGUCGAGGUUAUGGACAUAGACCUUGCGGGCAGAAAAGACUUGAUUGGGCAUCAUGUGGUCCUGGCUACUGCUAUGGUUAAACUGGCAAAUAUUAUGCACGGAAUCAAGCCAAGAUCGUUCCUCGUCUCUCUCGGGUCCACCAGGGAACAAACCAGGCAGCUGGCCGAGGCCGGCCCUGAGAGAGUCAAACUUCUUUCAGAUGAGAUUGCGGCUGAGCUACAAGUGCUACUAGAAACUGCGAAGGAAGAGAAGAACAACAAAUCCAAAGCGGGAGAAGAGACGGUGGCGUCAGGGAAGGAACUGGCCCAGAGGAGGUUGAAUUCGCUCAAAAAGGCCAAAGAUUACAGCGAACAACUCGUCAAGAUCCAGGACUCCUACAAUAAAGUACAGACUCAGGCCGAUAAGGAGAUCUUAGCUAUUUUCAAGUUCGUUUUGAAAGCUGUGAGCGCUAUAAUCACUGCAAUUGUAGUUAUUUAUGGGUGGUUCUUUAGGAUGCAGCCCGGUGAGUCAGGACCAAAUCCAAUGGAGCCACAACCGUCUGGAUGA